AUGGGUUCUUGGGAGGAGCAAGUUAGGCAAUUUUUUUUAGAGGAGGAAGAAGAGGACGAUGAGCUAUUCCUUUUACUUGUUCCUGCUUUACUUUUAUACCUACAAGAAGAGAAAAGGCACGUCCAUACCUCCUCUCUUCCUGGUGCUAAAAAGGUUAAGGAAAUCCUAGAAGGGCACGAGAUUUGGUGUAGAGUUGAGUUCCGCAUCGAGCCGGAGAUAUUUAGAGCCACGUCAAAUUUUCUUAGAACGGAGAAUUUGUUGCGUGACACACGAGGUGUUGCUGUUGAGGAGCAGCUGGGGAUGUUCAUGUUCAUGCUCUCACACAAUGCUAGCAAUCAGAGGCUACAAAAAGCUUUUCAACACAACGGGGAAACAAUCCAUAGGAAAAUAACAGAAGUUUUCAAUAUAAUUCCUGCCUUGACUCAAAUAUUUGUGAAGCUCCCAAGUUCAACCCGAACUCAUACGAAAAUUGCUACAGAUCCUCGUUUUAUGCCCUCUUUUCAGAAUUGCAUUGGUGCCAUCGAUGGAACACAUAUACCAAUCACCAUUGCAGAAGACAAGGCCCCUCCCUAUAGGAAUAGGAAAGGAACUCUAUCUCAAAAUGUUAUGUUAGCUUGCGACUUUGAUCUUAACUUCACAUUCAUUUCAUGUGGAUGGGAAGGGUUUGCAUCAGAUGCAGGGGUCCUUAGAUCUGCUCUUAGCAAGGGAUUUCAUGUGCCGGAGGGGAAAUUCUAUCUUGUAGAUGGUGGGUACGCAAACACACCAUCCUUUAUUGCCCCAUAUAGAGGAGUUCGAUACCACCUCAGUGAGUUCAGGAGGCGUCGCUCAUCUCAAAGUGGUUAUGCUAACUAUAGAGAAUUGUUCAACCAUCGUCAUGUAAUACUUCGCAACCACAUAGAGAGGGCCAUUGGUGUUCUAAAGAAGCAGUUUCCGAUUCUAAAAGUAGGCACAUUCUAUCCCAUAGAGUCUCAGAUUAAGAUUCCAGCUGCAGCUGUUGCAUUUCACAAUAUAAUUAGAGGGCAAAAUGGUCAAGAAGGGUAG